AUGGCGGAUCUGAAGGAGCUGAAGCUGCGAGCAGGAGUCUGCAAGCGGUUGCUUAAAGAGUUGAAGUCGUACGAGACAGAAGUCGAGAAGGACGCUGCGAAAGUAGAGGACAUGAAGGCACGCGGUGCAGAUUCGCACGACAUUAAACAGCAGGAGAAUGUUCUCGCCGAAUCGCGUAUGAUGGUCCCUGAUUGUCGCAAGCGACUCGAAACAGCCUACCUCGACCUCCAAUCCGCAGUGGACGCAGCAAAGGAUGAUCUGAAAUUGAUAGAAUCACAGGAUUUCAAAGAUGCAUUGGACAUUGUAGCAGAGGCUUCAGAAGUUGUUGGUUGA